CGGCCGCGCCCGCCCAGGACCGCGCGCGGCUGGAGGCGCGGGCUGCGAGGCUGCGGCAGAGGCACGAGGCGAUGGCGGACCUCCUCGCGGGGCCCGUCGACGCGCUGGUGGUGGUCGCCGGCGAGGAGGAGGCGCAGCUGGCCGACGAGGUGCUCGAGACGGGCCUGCCGCGCCUGGGCCCCGGGGGCCGCCUCGUGGUCUACGGCAUGAACCUGCAGCCCCUGGCCGCCCGGCAGGCGGCGAUGCGCUCCGGGCAGGACUUUGUGGACGUGAGGCUGAACCAGCUCUUCACGCGCGAGUACCAGGUGCUUCCGCAGAGGACCCACCCGCUGAUGAUGGCGGAGGCGC